GCAGAAGUACCUGAAAAGGGGGAGGGGGGACGGGGUCAGCCCUUGGGGAAUUCGAAAUGUCUAUUUAGGGGGCAUUCUCGCCGCGAUUACAUGCGGAAGUGGUCUUUUGCUCCUCGUAUUACUUUAUCUUCAUUUACCUUACCUUACCUAUCUCUUUUAUUAACUUAUUUUCAACAAACCAUGAUUUUCAAUCAUGGACAACUCAACAAAUAAUCCAACCAAAGAGAGCGCCCUGGAACGCGGGCUCCUCUCUUCCAUAACCGAUCCUACUGGUAACAUCCAGCAGAUCGCCACUCGUCCGUACUCGGACGAGUUCAAGCGAGACACCGCGUACAAUGCUUCGAGGAAGCAGGUGCGUGUCCGGGUCUACCUAACCACGGCAGAUCGAAACUUUCUGUCGAACAAGGUCUAUCAGCACCUCGACCUUGAAUUCUCCGCCACUUCUGGUUCAGGCCAUAGCCUAGCAAAUGCCAGGCGGGCCAUCGAGCAAGAGAUUGUCGUCUCAAAAUGCUCCAAACACCAAAAUUUGGUGGACGUUGGAGGGAAUUUCUUCACGUACAUCACGAUGUGCCGCGAGAAAUUCCACUGCUGCUGCCCACUGCUCGAUAUCAGGGACUCGGCGAGAUUGUCGACACGCCUCUUCCAGCUCGACACAUUGAUCCGCGAGCAACUUACCGAGGAUCCCGUUCCUAACCUGGAUUACGAGACCGCGAACCGGCGCAAUGCAAAGAAGCAGCGAGCCAGGGCCGUGCAGCAGAACCCUGCCCAGUUCUAAUGUCGGAGAAGAGCGCAAGACUGCUACGUGCGUGCCGACGUGCUGCUGUUCCUGGCUCGCUCUACGACAUCCCCGUGGAUGACAUCGCCAAGAUCAUGUUUGCCCACAAGGCAACCAAGGGCUUCGGGUACAUCAUCUUUGAGCCCGAGAUGCUGACCGACGACCGCGGAUA